ACAGAAGCAAAAUGGCCGAUAGCAAACUAACCGAUCACACAGCGUCUGACAGUCAUCAAGGGGUUAUGCAUGUUUUGUUUACAGCGUGAGAACUACAGUCGCUCACAAAAAGGAAUACUCGCCUUUUCCUCGUUUUUUUUCUACGAUUAUCCUUUCGGUGAUGUCAUUUCUUAUUCAAUUUAGCCUUGAACGCCUCGAAGAACUAGCUCGCUAGGCUAGCUACCUUUGCUAGCCUGCUAGCGGUGGGUCUGCAAGAAUUUUUGCACAGAAGCACUUUAUGUCCUAUGUGAUUCCCGAGACAGGAGAAUCAGGAAAGGGAACAGUAGUUCAUGGAAGACAAGAACAAGACGAAAGAAGAUAAAAAGAAAAAGGAAACCUCUCAGAAGGUGCCAGAACAGAAAAUCAAAGUGCCAGAAUCAGCCAAACCCUCCUGUUCCCAGGCUCUAGCCACCCCAGGCUCAGUGUCCCCCAGCCCUGGCCCUGUUGCCCCCUCGUCUCCCAGUCCUGGUGCAGCCGGGGUUUCUGCACAAGUUCCUCCUGGUGGCGGGAACAAUGCAAAGCAGCGGACUGCUGUGGCCAACGGACAGCCCACCUCCUCCCCCUCUGGAAGCCAGACCUCCCAACAGCAGCGAUACAUGUCCAAAGAGGUUCCGCCGAGAUUUCGCUGCCAGCAGGACCAUAAAGUGCUACUGAAGAGGGGCCAGCCGCCGCUGUCCUCCAUGCUACUGGGGGGAGGCGCAGGGGACGGGGGUGUUGGAGGAGGCAGUGGCUGGGCAGGCGCCCCAUCGCUCUCCUCCCAGGGAGCCGAUGUAAACACAGCUGGAGGCGCAGAUUCCAACCUGGGUUCAUCCUCCACUUCACCCCCCAACUCAUCCUCAUCAUGCAUCGCUGCUCUGUCGUCUUCUUCUUCUACUACUACUACUACUUCAACUUAUGCAAAUUCCACUUGGGGGGCGGGCUCGGGCAGCCAGUCCUCUUCUCAGGGCUGCGGGAAGGUAAUAGUGGACAGGACGGACCUGGGGGAUUGGCCUAGCAUCCUAGGAGGGGCCAACUUGAGUUCUGAUGGGGCCGGAGGAGGAGGAGGAGGAGGUGAGCAGGAGCAAGACUGCCCUGGAAACAACAACAGUAGUGCCUCAUGGAGUGAGAGAAACAUCCAGCAGAAGGGAGCAGCAGCAGCAGCAGGAGGAGCAGGGAACAUGGACAAUCCUUCCUCGCCUCGUUCUUCUCCUCUUUCCCCCUCUUCUUCCUCGCUUAAUGAAUGUGUUCAGUCGAGUGGCGGCGCAUGGAGCUCUUCCUCCUCCUCUCAGGCGGAGACGGGGCUCGGGUCGGCAGCGUUUUACAAUUCCAAAGUCUCCCAUAUUCUUCCCGGGCCUCAGGAGAGCCCCGCAGGUGGCGGCGGCAACAGCGGCAGCAACAGCGGCGUCCCUGGUGCCAAUUUCAACCCCAAUGUGAACCCCUCCGCCUGGCCCGCUCUGGCGACGGGUGGGACGUCGACUCCAGCUGGCGACGGACUUCCACUACACUCGUCCAUUACUCCGGCUUCCUCGUUCUCUGCCAGCACCGCAGUCAUCACCACUCACCCUCUUUCAUCUGUGAAUCAGCCUAGCGUCCAUCAGACACAGACAGCUGUAGGUGGAGCUCAGCAGCACUUAGGAAACCUCGGGCCGGAGUCGGGUUCAAGAGGACCAAAUCAAGAAGGCGGCGAAGAGCGGGACUGCGGAGGGGCAGAAGGAGAAGGAAGUGUCGGCUCUUUGUCUUCCUCCUCUGCCGCCUCUUCCUCUUGGAGAUCCAUGCCUCCGGUGUCCUCCGACCCGAGUGCAGGUGGGAGCUCGCAGCCAGACGGGUGGGGUGGAGGAGGAAGUGGAGCAGGAGGUGGAGCAGGAGGUGGAGCUCAGGGGCAGGACGGGAGUGUGUGGGGCUUUGGAAGCCAGGGUGACAAGGGAGGGUGGGGCAGGGGAAACGAUGGUAGCUCAAAUACCACAGCGGUAUCUCAGGGAGCGUGGGAAGGAGGCAGUUCAGAAGGGGAGUGGGGGGGCACGGCGGGAGGUGUAAGUUCGAGCAACUUAGCAAUAGGAAGAGGAGGAGACGGGAGCAGCAACAGCAGCAGCAGUGGAGGCAGCGGCGGCGUUUUGAAGGACUCCACCUCACCAAAGUUUGCAACUAUGACAAAAGCUUGGGACAAUCAGAAAGGGAUGGAAAGUGGGGAUGGGGAGUGGGGGGGAGGGCAGGUGGGAGGCCCGGCAGUUGGGGCGCCUUCAUCCUCUAGCGGAGGAGGGUCCACAGCUGGAAGUGGCGGAGGAGGGAGCGACAGCGGACAUAAACAAGAGCAAGCCUCGUCCGAACAGCCGUCCUCCGAGAGAACCUCCAAUGCUGACGUGGCCUUACAGUGCAUGCUCAAUCGAUCUGACCUGGACCCCCGGAUUCUUUCCAACACCGGGUGGGGGCAAACCCAGAUCAAACAGAAUGUGGCCUGGGACCUGGACCCCGCGACGGGACAAAGAAGCAGAAACGAAAGAAGCUCUUCAUCUUCCUCCGCAUUCUCAUCGUCCACCAUGAACACCACCACUAGUCGCAGCUACCCGUCUAACACCAGUUCAAUAACUAACGAUCCAUCCAGCUCCGGAGCGAGGGACGGCUGGGAGGGGGGGGCUCCACAGACCACCUCUGGUCCUCACAUGGGUGGUAGCUCUGCGAGGAAGCCAGCAGCGCCAGAAGAAGCUGGAGGAUGGGGUGAGCCCCCACCUGAGAGCCAGGGCAAAGGUUGGGGGACUGAAGAGAAGAAGUGGGGUGAUCACAGAGGCGGAGGAAGAGGAGGAGGAGAAGGACGAGGAGGAGAAGGACGAGGAGGAGAAGGACGAGGAGGAGAAGGACGAGGAGGAGAAGGACGGGGAGGAGGAGAAGGACGAGGAGGAGGAGGAGGAGGAGGGAACUGGAGAGACUAUGGAGAACAGGGUACAGGGUGGACAGACGGUCCAGAGGAUAAAGGGACAUCGGGAUGGAAGGGCAGUGGAAGAGGAGAAGCCGGUGGUUGGGGAGGAGACAGGGGACCGAGGGACUCCAUACCUGGAGGUGGAGAUGGACGAAGCAGAAGAGGAAACCACUCUGACGAGAAGGGAUCUUCCUGGGGUCAUUCAGAUGAUUCUCAGGGGGGAGGAUGGGGAGGAGGGGGAGAUGUGGGUGGAGGCAAAUCUCACCAGGACUGGGGGAGUUCCAAGCCCCACACAGCAGCAGCACAGAUACCAAACAGCCAAGUGGCACCAAUGAAAGCCCCAAAUCAACAGCAGCACCAAUCACAGGGCCCGCCGCCACAAGGAGGUCCCACUCAAGGAGGUCCCGCUCAAGGAGGUCCCGCUCAAGGAGGUCCCACUCAAGGAGGUCCCGCUCAAGGAGGUCCCGCUCAAGGAGGUCCCGCUCAAGGUCCCGCUCAAGGAGGUCCCGCUCAAGGAGGUCCCGCUCAAGGAGGUCCCGCUCAAGGAGGGUGGAACAGCCGGUCCAACGUCGGGGGUGGAGCUCCACCUCCCAAGAAUCAGAACCAAAGUUCGGGCUGGACAUCCGGCCCGAUUCCCGAAGUCCCCGGAGCCGCGGUGGACUCCCUGGAGUCCAGCGGCUGGGAAGAGCCCUCCCCUCAGUCCAUCAGCCGCAAGAUGGAGAUCGACGACGGCACGUCAGCCUGGGGAGACCCGACCCGCUACAAAAGCAAGAAUGUGAAUCUGUGGGACAAAAAGAAUGCUACGCCUGGUCAGCAGCCCCCCCCGCCAUCCACCCAACAACAACAACAACAACAACAACAACAACAACAACAACAACAACAACCACCACCACCCAGAAGGCAGCAGGGGAUGCAGCACAGCAGGGACGUAAACCCUGGCAAUACUGCAGCAGGUCCAGGCAUGUGGGGAGGAAGUUCACAGUCUGCGGAUAACGGUGCGAAUACCUGGGGUCAGUCGUCGGAUGCAUCGUCGGGCUGGGGGGAACCAGAGGAACCCAGCAAAUCUGGCUGGGGGAACCCUUCACCUAACCCUGGCAAACCUGGCAACAAGUCCAUGGAGGGCUGGGGAGGGAAGGGAGAGAGCUCUGUUGCAGCUUCCCGUCACCCCAGCUGGGACGAGGAGGACGAUGGAGGGGGAGGAGUCUGGAACAGCAGCGGCUCCCAGGGGAACAACUCCUCCUAUAACUCUGGAGGCUGGGGUCAGAGUCACGGAGGAAAGAGGGGCAACAUGAAGAGCGGAGGUGGAGACAGCUGGAUGAACCCAGUGUCACGUCAGUUUUCAAACAUGGGUCUUAUGGGUGAUGACCCAAGUCUGGACAAAAAGAUGGAAGGAGACAAGAGAGGAAUGACUGAUUACAACGGAGAGAUGCGGAGGGGAGGAAGAGGAGGUGGAGGAGGAGGAGGCUACCGCAUGCCUAGUUCCAAAGACAUGGGUCCUGUUGACAUGGGGCCCUAUGGUGAAAAGAUGGGUGGCCAUGGGGGGUAUGUCGGCAGCGGCGGCGGGGGGAUGCCUCCACCUCGAGGGAUGCACCAGCCUGGCAUGCAUCCCAUGAACCCCUCCCAGGGUUUACGUGCUCAAGUGCCUCAUCAGUACCUGUCUGCUCAGGUGCCGGGUCCCAUGCUGAAGCAGAUGCCCUCUCCUGGUGGCAGCGUGGGCGGAGUGGUUGGAGGAGUAGGAGGUGUCGGCGGGGUCGGCGGCGUGGGAAGUGUCGGAGGGGUCGGCGGUGUUGGCGGAGGAGGGUUCCCUCCUCAGAUUUCCCCGCAGCAGCUAGCAAUGCUCGGCAACAUUUACCCCCACAUGCAGCAGUUCCAUCUGGCUUGUCAGCUCCUGCUCCAACAGCAGCAGCAGCAGCAGCAGCAGCAGCAGCUCCUGCAGAACCAGAGGAAGUUCCCCCAGCCCCAGCCCCAGCCUCUCCGGCAGCAGCCUGACCCCCAGCAGCUGGCCAAGAUCAUGGCUAUUUUGCAGCAGCAGAGGCAGCAUCAGCAGGGUGGAGUCGGAGGAGCAGCUCCAGGAGGAGGGAGCUCCAAACUGUCCCCCUCUCACCUGGGGGGAGGCCUAUCCAAACAACCCAUGGUAGACCCCCUUGCUCACCCUGGAAUGGGCGGCGCCUUAUCAGAUCUUCAUGCCAAAACACAAGGGAUGUAUUCUGGUCUAGCCCCUGGUGGAGGCCUGGAGCUCGGCCCCAUGAUGGGAGGGAUGAAGGACACAGGAGGACAGCAGUCCCGCUACAAAUGGAUGAUGGAGGGACACUCGCCUGCCCCAUCCCCCCCCGACGCAGCUCUUCACAAGAAUGGUCCUUUACCCAGUGGUAUGAAGGUGAGAGGAGGAUCCCCUUACUCCCAGUAUGAGAUGCUGGGCAGCGAUGGAAUGGGGAUUCCCCCUCAAGGCUCUGCAGACAACUGGCACCGGACCCCCGGGAGUAAAAUGGGGAAUAAACCUGCCACAUCCAGCUGGCCUCCAGAGUUCCAGCCCGGUGUGCCCUGGAAGGGAAUCCAGAGCAGUGGAGACCCGGACUCUGACCCCUACAUGACCCCCGGGAGUGUCCUAGGCUCCCCGGGACCCCCGAGCCUCAACGACUCUGACCACCAGUUACUGCGAGACAACAUAGGGCCAAACCCCUCCCUCAACACCUCGCUGCCUUCACCUGGUGCCUGGCCCUACAGUGCCUCAGACAGCCCCCUCAGCAAUGCACACAGCACAGGAAAGUACUCAGAGUACAAGCCCAGCUGGCCCCCAGAGCCCAUCGGACAAAACAAGAUGUGGAAGACCAAUCGCAACAGCUCACAGCUGCCACGCCCCCCUCCUGGCUUAGCCAAUCAGAAGCAGGCCUCGCCCUCCCCGUGGGGCAGCGGAGGCCCGCGGAUGGCUCGCAACUGGGCAGGGAGCGGGAUUAAUCAAGAGUCGAGAUAUGGCCCAGGCUCAACUUGGAGCGAUGGUGUUACCCCCAGAGGAAGCUGCUGGUUGCUGCUGAGCAACCUCACCCCUCAGAUUGACGGCUCCACGCUGAGGACGAUCUGCAUGCAGCACGGCCCGCUGCUCACCUUCCACCUCGGCCUGACACAGGGCAGCGCUCUGAUUCGCUACAGCACCCGGCAGGAAGCAGCCAAGGCCCAGGGUGCACUGCACAUGUGUGUCCUGGGCAACACCACGAUCCUGGCGGAGUUUGUGAGCGAGGAGGAAGUUGCUCGCUAUUUUGCACAUUCCCAGGCGGGAGGGUCGGAGGGGUCUGGCUCCGGAGGGUCAGCGGCACCAGGCGGGUCGCAGGGUUCUCCUGGACCGGGCCCUGCAGCAGCCAGCGGGGGGGGCAGCUCCCCGGGGAGUGAGAGGGCAGCGACGGGCACAACUCCAGGUGGAAACGGGAAUGGUGGAGGAGGAGGGGGAGGCGGAGGAGGAGGAGGGGGAGGAGGAGGGGAGGGUGGAGCGGCGGCUCUGGCUGGGGGAAGGUCCUCUGGCUCCACUUGGCAGAGUCUCGACGGUACAGGAAGUUCAUCAGAAGCUUCGACAGCCCAAGGACCCGGGCCCGGGCUGGGUGUUUUCUCCCAGUGGAGUCACAACGGGGAGGGAGGGGGAGGCGUCGGGGGGGUGGACUCUGCCAGGUCUGGGCUGUGGGGGGGCAUGAAUGCAGGAUACCCCAGCAGCAGCAGCAUGUGGGGGGCACCGCAAAUGGAGGAAAGGCACCAAAUGGACAGCCCUGCCGCCUUGUUGCCUGGCGACCUGCUGGGGGGAGGAGCUGACUCCAUCUGAUGAGCACCCCCCCCUCUAUUUGUAGGUGUAGGUUUGGACACACUGAUACAAAAAAUACACUGGGAUACAUAUGUACUUACUAUAGCACACACACAUGGUAUGCAUAUUAAUGUAAUACACAUAUACACACAUGUGCGUACAUAUACACGGUAUGCAUAUAAAUGUGCACACACAUCAAGCAGAAAUGUGAGACAUGCUUACACACAUUCUCGUGGCCAGACUUAAGCUAUUAUAUAAACAAAUGCAGGGACUGUUAGAUGUGUAUACAGCCUUUUUUUCCACAGAUGAAGAUUUCAACUGCUUAGACUUGAAACCUGAAAAAAAAAAAAACGAAAAAGAAUGAGAAGUCUCAAAGACUUGACUGGAUUGCAAUGUGCUUAGUAAACAGGGGACUUUUCAAAACAGAUUUACAUACACAUGCACACACCAAAUACAGACGAGCCUUCAGACAGAUGGGCACUGUAAACAGCAUUACCUUCAUCGUAUAAAAACUACUACAUGAUGUGAGGUUAAAGUGCAUUUUGUAUUCACGUCCCCUUAAAAGCGGAGACCGAAUCCACAUGCAAACAGCUCUGAUUGAAAACAGAACUGUAUCUUACUGUGUAUGUUUUUUCUUUUGUUUGUAUGUAUGUAUGGUUUCAAUUUUUUUUUUUUUUUGAACAGUGAAAAUAUUGAAAAUGUGUCAUUGUUCUGUUUUCAAAAUGCUGACCUCCUACUGUUGUAUCUCACGCACUCUUUCUCUGUUAUUCUCUCUGAAACAUGUUUGUUACUGUUGCAGUGAUAAAUGUUAAAUUGCUGGCAGUUUGAGGCUAUGUUGCAUUUCUCCAUGUGUCGUAUACACACUAUAUGGACACGAGUAUGAGUGAGACUGAGACCAAGUAUGUGGAUUAAAACCACAGUUGUGUGUGUGAAUGUGAGGAUAGUGUGUGUGUGUAUGCAUGUUACUGCCUGUCAUAAUGUGGGCAAGGCUGCUUACUAUACAGAAGGUCUAUACAAAAAUGUUUUUGAGUGCAUUCGGUAUACUGCUGACUGUGUGUUAAGAAAUAUUGGCACUAAUGCUUAAUUUUUUUUCUUCUCUCAUUUGAAGUUGUUUUUUUUUAGUCUUUUUUAUUGUCCGACCUGCAAUAAUAAAAAAGAAAAAUUUUAAUGACACAAAGAGCUGAAGGCAUACGCGUUGAGUAAAUGGACAUGCCAAAUCUUAUCAAACUGUGUGGAGGGAAAGGGAGGGAGGGGGGGGGGCGGGUUGUUUACAGAUGCAGAGUAAGAGUUACCGUACGUUUUUUCAAUGUUCUGUUGUGUAUUCGUUUUAAAUUAAGACAGGCUUUAACACUCCUGUUCAGUGUUUUCGUUAAGAGAUUUUACAAAGGAAAAAUUUAUUUAAACAAAUGAGAACAAGAUUAAUAAAGAUGAAAGUAUUGGCUUCUAAUUCUGUCCUCGUGGUGGUUUUGUUGAGAGUUUAUAGGUUUCUGGAUGGAGGUUAAAACAUGGAGUAGAGCUUUACCAAUAAGUUGGAUAUAUUGCAGAAGAAUCUAUAUUUAACCCUUCAAAUAAGUUCUAUUUUCUCUUUUCAUAUCGGACAUUCAAAGGCAUCACAUUGAAGGGAAUGGGACGGGCCUUUUUUCUUUACAAUUCUAUUGACAUAUUUUUCAUUUUAAUCUGGAAAUAUAUCUAUUUUGAUAAUGUAUCAUUAAACUCAUUUUUAGAUGGCAGAAAAUGCAGUUUCAACCUUUUAAAUAUGGAAAUGUCAUGCUUUUCUUAUAUAUCAACGAAUAAACUGACAAAACAAGA